AUGUGUGUGUUCGCGGCGGUAAAGUCCUCUUGUAAGGUCUCUGGCUGUGCGAGCGCAGACUCGAACGAUUGUAAACAAAACCAGCCAUUUAGCUUGUAUAGUGCUCCUGUAUGACUUAAAUUUACCUUGAAAUGAGACUGAACCUGAAAUGGCCGCAGUUAGGUUACUGUACAGACUGAUGUAUGAUGCGGUAAAAGGCUGCCACAUUGAGACAUCUCCAAAGUAGUGUUAUUAUAUUAUAAUGUUCAGGGAUAUCUGGUGUGACUCGUCGUACGUACAGAGACUUGAUAUUCCAGUAUGGAGGGAGUGCGUUGGGCGUUUCGUUGCGGCUCGUGGUCCCCCACUCGUGCUGAGUGGUUGCUUGCUGCUCGGUGUGUACAACGCGAGGAGAAAGAGCGGAUUGGCCAGUUUGUGUUUGCCAAGGAUGCCAAGUCAGCCAUGGCCGGGAGACUUCUGAUCCGUAAACUUGUGUCGGACAAGAUGGGAAUAGUCUGGGAUCAAAUCCGGUUGGAGAGGACUCCCAAGGGGAAGCCAGUGGUGGCCAACCCCAUAGCGGAUGCUGGACACCAGAGGUGGAGCUUCAACGUGUCCCACCAGGGUGACUACGCUGUGCUGGCUGCAGAGCCUGGUGUGCAGGUUGGAGUGGACGUCAUGAAGACCAGCAGGCCAGGCUCCAGCUCCAUCCCAGAGUUUUUCCGCCUGAUGACCCGGCAGUUCACGGAGCACGAGUGGAACACCAUCAGGGCCAGGGGGUCGGAAUGGGAGCAGCUCCACACGUUCCAUCGGCACUGGACCCUGAAGGAGAGCUUCAUCAAGGCCAUUGGGACGGGCCUGGGGUUCGACCUGCAGCGGAUAGAGUUUCACACAUCACCUCUGCAAAUCCCGCAGGCACAGGUGUGCACUGGCACCAGAAUGCACCUGGAUGGGGAGGAGGAGGAGGACUGGACAUUUGAGGAGUGCCUGCUGGACCAGCACCAUCAUGUGGCGGUGGCCCUGAGUCGUGGAGCAGCGCCGGCAGCAGCAGCAGCGGCAACGGCAGCGGAGGAGGAGGAGGCCGAGAGGGAGCAUUGUCAGCCGGGCCUCGCUGGCCGCUCCAGGCCUCUAAAGUUCACCGUGUUGAGCUUCAGCGAGCUGGUCUCGGGGGCCGUGCCUCUCUCCGAGGAGGACCCGGCCUACUGGGAGAGCUUUGAGAAGAAACAAGAGGCGCCCACGCGCCAGCACAACCAGCCUUGACCAGCCAAGACCAGCCAAGACCAGCCGGGACCAGGGGACCAGGGACUAGGGGCCAGGCCCACUACCAAGACCAGGAGGCGAGGAGCGGAGGCAACUGACUGGCCGUUAAAGUCUGUUGCUCUCCCUGUGACUUUUGGAGAGACUUUUUGUGGCCUUUCUGCGUCUGGUGAAAGUAGGGCGCCUGCUCUCGCUGGGGCUGGGGCUACAGCUGCAUGCCCUACAGGUGCCUCAAGUGGCCAAAAAGGACCGUCUGGGCUG